AAUAUGGCAGGCAGCUGCUGCUUUGCUACCAUUAAAAAGUGAUAUUUCUACAAUGUUGAUAAAUGUCAAACAGGUAUUUUUUGUGAAAAAAUAAUCCCAUUUUUUUGGAAUAAUUAGUGCGAUUUCGACGAUAAUAGAUGAAAUAGUACGGUCGUUUGCUGUCGCGUACGCGGGUGCCUCGGAGAAACGGUGCAAACGGCGGACAAAGGCGAGUGUUUACCCCCCAAUCCCGAGUGCAGUUUCAGAUGAAAGGCGAAAAAUAAUAUGGAGGAAUGCACAAAAGCAACUUUUCUACAUAAAGAAGAACCAAUACGUCAAAUAUGGGUAUUAUUGAUUUCUGGGAUGUUGAAGAAAAUUUGCAGCAGUUCGUCGCAGUUGGAACGGAUCGGCAGCAAUUUACGAGAUCGGCUACCGGAACCUAAGUUUAUCUAAAUAUCAGUUCGUUACUGGAAUGAUCCAUUGUUGUCGAAAUGAAUCAAAAAAGCGGCAACAUUCCUUCCGCUUCAAGAAAUCCUGCAUAUAAUGCCGCAGCGUUAGAAAAAAUUAAGAAUGAUUUGAAAUCCUACGAAGCAGGUCACGGAAUUCCUCAGAGUUCCGCAUCAAGUUUAAUACGUAAAACAAGUAUUGAGAGAGAAAUACCACAGUCAUCGCUGCAUCUGCCACGAAAUAGUCCUGCAUUAGAUUCCGGAGCAGGCAGUUCACGAUCCAAUAGUCCACACUCACAACAGCUGGGAUCGGGUCGAGUACAGUUCUCGCCCUCUCCCUGUCCAUCGAAUUUCAGUGAUGUACCGCCCCUACCGCCACCACGAUGUUCAUCAACACCCUCCACACCCCCUCCCCAAUUUCCAUUUCUCAAACGUAUGUCACCGGCAUCGAUGGCCACAUCACGCAACGGCCAAUUCCAGUCCCAAAGCCCCGCCCGAGGAACAUCACCAAUAUCAAGCAACAGUAAUCUAAGGCAGCCUAUCAUAGUGCAGAAUGGACCACAGGUUCAACAGCAGUUGAACCAACAGAUGUCAGCGUUUUAUAAUAAUAGUUCGGCGGAACCACCUCCCCCCUACCCAAUAUCCCCAAUUGGUCAAGUGGCGCCGCCUAGCUAUAUGGCAUCGAUGCAGUGCCGACAAAGUCCUACACAAUCAUCGCAAGAUUUUCGCAAAAGCCCAAGCUCGGGAAUCUACUCAAGUGCCUCGGCGGGUUCGCCCUCGCCAAUCACGGUUUCGCCGAACGCUAUCUGCAGCAGUUCAACGGCCAAGCCAAUUGCCUUACCACCGGCCAGAGGCUCUCGCCAAACCAACACACAGCAUCCUAUCAUAAUGCAUUCAGUGAAAUCGACACAAGUCCAAAAACCGAUCCUACAGACCGCGGUGGCUCCUUCAGCUCCUGCAACGACCGGCAAUGUGACGUGUGCGACCCCAAUGCAAACGUCGAAUCCAACUCCUGCUCCACCACCACCGUCGUACGCUACGUCGCUAGAGCAGAAAAAGCUAAGCAAGAAAGCCGUCACUGUACUACCCAAUCAGCCCCAUAUUUCCAUUUCCGGUGGUGGGGGAGGGGGGAACGGAGGAGGAGGAGCGAAGAAUGUUUCGUUUCCGGCUAGCGCCACUGUCACAACGGCCACGACAAGUGCAAUGGGUGGUGGAAGCACCGGAGUGGAUCCACCUUCGUACGAUAUAACGAUGAUUCUGAAGCAGAAGCAACCUCCACCCCAAACGAGAAAUUCGCAACCUCCUCCUCCUUAUUCCGAGGGUAACAAUGCCUUCAUCGCUAGCAAUAAUAACGAUGAUAGUAAUUUACAUGACCUGAAUGCCGGUAAUGCUGUACAUAGUAAUAAUAGUAAUAAUCUCAUAAAUCAUGCUAAUAACAAUAGUCAAUGCCUUAGCAAUUUAAUAAACAAUAAUAUUAAUAACAAUAAAAACAAUCAUAAUAGUAAUAAUAUCGAUAAUAAUAUGAAUAACAAUAACAACACUGGUGAUAAAGUUGAAUGUGAUGGAAAAACGACGAGCGACAAUCUGAAUUAUGGUAUUUCGACUAGUUCAAAAAAAUACGAACCAAGUAUAAAGAAUAUCGCUAACUGCAAUAACACAGGCAGCAAUAAUAACGGUGGCAAGAAUUCGAAUCUUCCGCCGAACGGUGCAUCUGCUGGCCGGGUAAACAACAAUCAGCUGCAGCACCUGGAUGCCUGUAAUAGCAAUAAAAACGACCACAAGCAUGGCUACCGGCCGACGGCCAACACCAAGCCCAACGGUCUCUCUCCGAAUCCCACCGCAUCGGAUGAACACCCGGAAAAACCAACCCCCUCCAGUAAGCAACCGCAUUCUCUCGGAGAGCCUUCCAAGAAAAUCAAACAUCAAUCGCCGAUCCCGGAACGGAAACAAAUCUCCAAAGAGAAGGAAGCCGAACGUUUCGAAUGUAAAGUACGCCACUACUCACCGCAGGCCUACAAGUUCUUCAUGGAGCAACACAUCGAAAACGUCCUCAAGUCCUACACCCAGCGGAAUUUCCGCAUCCGACAACUGGAAAGCGAAAUGUCCAAGAUGAAACUCACGGAGGCAACCAAGAUCGAGAUGCGAAAACUCCUUUGGCAGAAGGAAAGCAACUACAUUCGGUUGAAGCGAGCCAAAAUGGACAAGUCCAUGUUCUCGCACAUUAAACCCAUCGGAGUGGGGGCGUUCGGUGAGGUCACACUGGUCAAGAAAAUCGACACCCCCAACCAUCUGUAUGCAAUGAAAACGCUUCGAAAAUCGGACGUACUCAAGCGGAACCAGGUGGCGCACGUCAAAGCCGAGCGUGACAUUUUGGCCGAGGCGGACAACGAGUGGGUCGUUAAGCUGUACUAUAGUUUCCAGGACAAGGAUAAUUUGUACUUUGUCAUGGAUUAUAUCCCAGGUGGUGAUUUGAUGUCGCUUUUAAUCAAGAAAGGAAUAUUUGAAGAGGAUCUUGCUAGAUUCUACAUUGCCGAAUUAACGGUGGCUAUUGAAAGUGUCCACAAGAUGGGAUUUAUCCAUAGGGACAUUAAACCGGACAACGUACUGAUUGAUAAGAAAGGUCAUAUCAAACUAACCGAUUUUGGACUCUGCACUGGGUUUCGCUGGACGCAUGACUCAAAGUACUAUCAGAAGAAUGGAGAUCAUGCGAGGCAAGACUCAAUGGAAUCAUGGAGUAAAGCUGGUUCGGAGAUUCCGCCACCAUUGGAAAGGCGAAAAUUCAGAGAGAAAAACCGAGCAAAAGCCCACUCGAUCGUCGGUACACCAAACUACAUCGCUCCCGAAGUCCUACUGCGGAGCGGGUAUACUCAGUUGUGCGAUUGGUGGAGUGUUGGUGUGAUAUUAUACGAAAUGUUGGUGGGGCAACCACCGUUUCUGGCUAGUACGGCCGAGGAAACCCAGAUCAAGGUGAUAAACUGGCGGCAAACGUUAAAAAUUCCCUCGGAAGCCAAACUUUCCCCGGAGGGCCAAGAUCUUAUCCUUCGGCUGUGCAAAAACGAAGAUGAACGCAUGGGUAAAGAUGUGAGUAAAAUCAAGUCGCAUCCAUUCUUCCGGACCAUCGACUUCACGAAGGAUUUACGGAACCAACCAGCACCGUAUGAACCAAAAAUCAAACACGCUACUGACACAUCAAACUUCGAUCAAAUAGAUCCGGGCAAGCUGCACGACUCGUCCUGCGAAGAAAGUGGACAGAGCUUCGACGAUGUGUUCGACAGUAGUAAACCCUAUCAUCAUGGAUUUUUCGAAUUCACUUUUCGGCGAUUUUUCGACGACGAUGGUGAUCAUAAAAUAUCGCUCGAUGCCAGCGACAAUCAGACCGAAGCUAUAUAUGUGUGAAAUGCGGAGAGUUUUACUAACAAUUAUAUAUAUGAAAAUUAUGUUAAUACUCUUAAAAUAUUAGCAAUUAUAUUUAAAAGUACUAUAUGUAAAAAUAAAUAUUUAAAAAAAAAUGUAAUUGUAAUUUCUAUAAAGAAAAUCCAGAUUGUUAUAUAAUAACUUAAA